AUGAAGGCUAUUCAACUCACCCGCUCGUCUUCCAGUGCUUCACCUACGAUCUCCCUGGUCACUAUGCCAACUCCGAAUGUGCCACAGGGCCAUGCUCUCGUCCAGAUCCUCUACUCCUACAUCCACCCCUCGGACAAACUCAACGCCAGGGGCCUUUACCCAACGACAACGUUCCCUCGCGUUCCGGGACGAGACUACUCCGGAAUCGUGGUCGACAUCACAAGCGAUCGCGGGGAAGCCAAAGGCUGGAUCGGGAAGGAGGUUUACGGGAGCAGCGGAUCAGCACUGGGAUAUACCAGCGACGGACCCCACGCCCAGUACUUUGUGAUUCCCGUCGACGCGCUGGUUGAGAAACCAUCCUCAUUGUCUGUUCUCCAAGCAGCGACCGUCGGAGUCCCGUACGCGACAGCUCUGCUCUGUCUACGUCGGGCGCAGACUCGCAAGGAAGAUGUUGUUCUCGCAAUGGGCUGUCAGCUGGUUCUGAGCGCAGGACGACGGGCGGACCCCAGCCUUGAUGUCCUUCUGGAAUCGGAGGAUGUGGCAUCAACCCUCCAGUCCCGGAUCCCAGAUUUAACGGGCCAAAAUCGCGUGGAUGUGGUGAUCGAUACAGUAGGCAACAUCGGGUUGAUGAGCGCCGCCAUUAGCCAACUGGCAGUCGGCGGUCGCUACGCGUGGAUUGCUGCCCCGCGCGGGGACGUGAGUAAAAAGUCGACGGUGGACAUCUUUCAGGCGUACCGGAAGGCUAUUCAGCCAGUGGGUUGCAAUUCGAACCUUCCAACGAUGGUCGAGGUGGCGGAUGAGCUGCGAUUGCUGGGACGAUGGUUCGACGAAGGUCUUCUGAAGGUGGCGGAUGACAGGUCUUUCAGCGUGGUCGCGUUGGCCGAUGCAAUCGAGCAGGGGUAUACUAAGACUGCGGGGGGCCGAGUUGUGAUUGGUAUGGCUUGA